GUGAAUGGUGCGCUGUUCAGCUUGUGUCUCGCUGUCAAAAUCCAAACUUUGAAAACAAUGAAGGCCAUUAUUCAAAGAGUCACAAAAGCAAGCGUGACUGUUGGAGAGCAGCAGAUCAGCUCGAUAGGCCGCGGUCUGUGCGUGCUUUUGGGCAUAUCCACGGAGGACACGCAGAAGGAUGUGGACUACAUGGUGCGUAAGAUCCUCAGCCUGCGGGUGUUUGAGGACGACGCGGGGCGGGCGUGGAGCAAGAGCGUGGUGGACAGGGAGCUGGAGGUGCUGUGCGUCAGCCAGUUCACGCUGCAGUGCGUGCUGAAGGGGAACAAGCCCGACUACCACAAGGCCAUGCCGGCCGAGCUGGCCCAGCCCUUCUACAACGCCAUGCUGGAACGCAUGAGGGAGGCCUACACGCCCGAACGCAUCAAAGAUGGCCAGUUUGGUGCCUACAUGCAGGUCCACAUCCAGAAUGACGGCCCAGUCACCAUUCAGCUGGACUCCCCCACAGCUUCCACAGACCCCAAGCAGUUGGCCAAGCAAGAGAAGGCUCAGCAGCGUAAGGAGAAGACGCGGCCUAAAGACCACAACAAGGGCGCGACGCCAGCAGCGGACAAGGCAGCCAGGCGACCCGAUCAGGACCCCAGUGCCAGCAGCGGGGCCGAGGGAGACGUGUCCUCCGAGAGGGACCCCUAGAGCAGGGCUUCCCAAACUUUACCAUGACAAGGCCCCCCAUACGCCAGUAGAUUCCAGCCAAGGCUCCCCUGACAUGAAACAUUUUUUUCUGUGCACCUGUUUUCACAACUCGAUGAAGUUUGUGCCUUCCUAAACCUAUUCAAGUACUACAGAAAGUAUAUACACAUUGUGAAGAAGAAAAUGA